AUGCCUCGCCGCGAAGCCUCUCCCACGCCGUCCGACGGCGGCUACGACAUUGGCGACUCUCUCUUUGCUGUUGAUGAUGGCGCCAGUGACGAUGGCAAGAAGGGCAAGCGCCAGAACGCCGAGCUGGAUUUCGAUGUUGACGACAUUCUUCACGGAGACGAUGAUGGCGACGACGGAGAUGAGGCCUUCAUUGCCCUCAAGCAGGCCGCCGCCAACAGGAAAACGACCAACCUCACGGGCAAGGUGAACAAAAAGGGCGGUGGCUUCCAGGUCAUGGGUCUCAAUUCGAAUCUCCUCCGAGCCAUCACGAAGAAGGGUUUUGUGCAGCCGACGCCCAUUCAGCGCAAAACCAUUCCCUUGAUCAUGGACCGCAAGGACGUCGUGGGCAUGGCCCGCACCGGUUCCGGAAAGACGGCUGCCUUCGUUAUUCCCAUGAUUGAGCGCCUCAAGACGCACAGCGCCAAGUUUGGUGCCCGAGCCCUCAUCAUGUCGCCGUCUCGCGAACUGGCCAUCCAGACGCUGAGAGUCGUCAAGGACUUCAACAAAGGAACGGACCUCAAGGCGGCACUGGUUGUCGGUGGUGACAGCAUGGACGAGCAGUUUAGUCUGCUGUCGGCCAACCCCGACAUUAUCAUCGCCACGCCCGGUCGAUUCUUGCAUUUGAAGGUCGAGAUGUCCCUGAACCUUUCCUCCAUCCAGUACGUCGUUUUCGACGAAGCCGAUCGUCUUUUCGAGAUGGGUUUUGCGGCCCAACUCACCGAGAUCCUGCAUGCGCUUCCCCCUUCGAGGCAAAGUCUGCUGUUCUCCGCGACGCUGCCUGCGUCGCUCGUCGAAUUCGCGCGUGCUGGUCUCCAGGAUCCCACCCUUGUGCGACUAGAUAUCGAGACCAAGGUGUCUCCAGACCUCGAAAGUGCCUUUUUUGGCGUCAAGGGAGCCGAAAAGGAAGCGUCCCUCCUGCACAUUCUUCACGACAUCAUCAAGAUGCCGCUUGGCAGCCCCGACGGCAUGCCUCUUGACGGCAAGCCUAACAAGAAGCGAAAGCGCGGAAAGGACGGCUCGGGCGGCAAGGGAAAGCCUACAGAACACUCAACCAUCAUUUUCGCGGCGACCAAGCAUCACGUUGAAUACCUGGCGAACUUGCUGCGGGUGGCUGGUUUCGCCGUAUCCUACGUUUAUGGUGCGCUCGACCAGGAAGCGCGUAGGAUACACACGGAGAACUUUCGCAACGGCAGGUCCAACAUCCUGGUCGUCACAGAUGUCGCUGCUCGAGGUAUCGAUAUUCCUGUGCUGGCGAAUGUCAUCAACUACGACUUUCCGCCCCAGCCCAAAGUUUUUGUGCAUCGUGUCGGUCGAACUGCCCGUGCCGGUCAACGCGGUUGGGCCUACAGCAUCGUUAGGGAGCUCGAUGCCCCUUACCUGCUCGAUUUGCAGCUAUUCUUGGGACGCAAGAUGGUGGUCGGCCGUGAGAGCGAGAGCCCGUCCUACAACGAAGAAGUCGUUGUGGGUGCGCUGCCGCGCAACAGGAUCGAGGUGCACAUGGAGUGGCUGGCCAAAGUCCUGGGCGACCACGAGGAUAUCGAGGCCACGCGGAGGGUCUCUGUCAAGGCCGAGAAGCUCUACCUCAAGACGCGCAACUCGGCGUCGAGCCAAAGCGCAAGGCGUGCGCGCGAGACGGUCGGGAGCAAGGCGUGGUCACAGCUGCACCCGCUCUUUGACGAGGUCAAGGACGAUGAUGCGCAGGCGCGGGCGGAGCUGAUGGCCAAGGUAAGCGGCUACCGGCCGCACGAGACCAUCUUUGAGAUUAGCAGGGGCGGGAAGGCGGGCAACAGCGAGGCGGCCGAGGUGAUGAAGGAGCUGCGCAAGAGGAUCACGCCGAGGAGAGGUCAAGCAGCGGAGGAAGAAAUCGAUUCGGACGAGGACAUGGAGGACUUUGACGACGAUGACGACGAUGAAGCGGCAAUCGGUGAGGGUGCCGAUGAGAUGGACGGCAUCGAUGUGGACGACUCAGAUGACGACCUCGAGGUGACAGUCUCAAACCCCGACGACAAGAAGAAGAAGGCGGCCAACUCGUACCGUGACGACGAGAUCUUCAUGGGUUACACGCCCCGCACGAUCAACACGGCCGAGGAGCGUGGCUACGGCAUCUCCUCCGGCACACAGACUUCGAGCUUCGUCGAGCAGGCGCGCGAAGCGGCGAUGAACCUGACCAACGAUGACGGCGGCAAGGCACAGUUCGGCGACCAGGCCAAGUCGGGCAUGCGUUGGGACAAGAAGCAGAACAAGUACGUGGCGCGCGCCAAUGACGAGGACGGCUCCAAGGGCAAGAAGUACAUCCGCGGCGAGAGCGGCACCAAGAUCGCGGCGAGCUUCCAGAGCGGCCGCUACGACAAGUGGCGCAAGGCCAACAGAAUGGGCAAGCCGCGCGUGGGCGAGCUCGAGAAGAGCAACGCGCCGCAGAUCCCGACGGGGGUGCGGUACAAGCACAACCUGGAGAAGGCGCCCAAGGAGGCGGACAAGUUCCGUGACGAUUACCACGUGCGCAAGAAGAGGGUGGCUGAGGCUAAGGAGAAGCGUAUCGGUCGCUUCAAGGACGGCGCCGGCAGCAAGUUCGAGAUCAAGGGGGCCGAGGAUAUUCGCAAGGCGAGGAAAGAGGCGGAGAAGAAGAGGGCCAAGAACGCGAGGCCGUCGCGGAGGAAGUGA